AUGUUAUCUCUCCUCAGCGUGUUGGCAGGGAUCGCCCCGCUCAUAAUAUAUCUCUAUUUUCGCUUCAACGACCAAGGAUUGUCGCAACUUCCGGCGGAAGCCAAAGCGUUCGCACCCAACCGGUUCACACCGCAUGUCGUCCGUGAAACUGCUGAAAAGCUUUGUAACUCGCCCAAAAUUAUAAAAGAUGUCCUUCCACCAAAGACUGGACGUCGGUAUAUUGUAGUUGGUGCUGGUUUCUUGGGCGGCUGGAUCAUCAUCCAACUUCUACAACGUGGCGAGGAUUCAAAGAAGAUCAGAAUUCUCGACCUACGCCGUCCUACUCGUUCAGACCUACGCACAGGCCUGGCCGCGCAGGUUGCUUUCUUUCAAGUAGAUGUUUGUAAUGCGAAGGCUGUGGACGAUGCUUUCCAAGCGCCUUGGCCAGAUUGCGACCCUUCAGAGACAGCGCCAGAGGUCACAGUCUUCCACACCGCUGCCAAUAUACGCUUCUAUGAGCGUCAUCUCGCGCUUUUACCUCGUUCUUCCAAAGUCAACUAUGAAGGGACUCAAAAUGUGAUCAAUGCAGCACGAUCUAUAGGUGUCACGGUAUUGAUGUAUACAUCAUCUGGAUCUAUCUCUGUUCGUCGUUCUCGCUUUUGGCUCUGGCCUUGGGAGAAGCAGCCCAAGUACUUUGUCCAAAUAAUUAAUGACGACGAUAACCUAAUUCCCAAAUACCACGACCAUUUCUUCUCAAACUACGCUGCUUCUAAGGUCCUCGGAGAGAGAGCAGUUAGAGCUGCUAAUGGGUCUCGAUCUGGUGAGAAGACACUGCGGACGGGAUGUCUUCGCCCUGGUAAUGGUGUGUUUGGUCCCGGUGGAGAUCUGAUAUGCGGUGCCUACCUGGUACGCAAGUUCAAUCCCACUUGGGUUCCUAACAUCAUGCAAUCCUUCAUGUACGUGGAAAACUGCGCCCUGGCCCACCUCUGCUAUGAAGCACGUCUCCUCGAAACUGCAAGAGGAGGAUCCAACCCUGACCUCGGUGGGCAGGCGUUUACUGUCACAGAUACUGGUCCGCCAAUCACAUAUGGCGAUGUCCACGUUGGGUUGACGACGCUGGCUCCCGAGACUAUUUUCAAACAGAUGUCGCCUACCCUUAUGCUGUUCAUAUCGCACAUUAUAGAGGUCCUUGUCCUCGCGCGCGCGUUCUUGUCAAUGUCUUCGUCGCCUGUGCGACGCGCACUUGCACAUUUUAUACCCAACAUCGUUGGAGAUACAGUUAAUCUGCAACCAUCUUUGUUCGCGCUCGCGUCUGUGCAUGUCAUUUUUGACGAUUCCCGAGCUCGAUUGUCGCCUGAAAAGGGUGGACUGGGCUAUCAUGGACCGUUCACGACUCUGGAGGGGAUCUGCAGGACAGCUGAGGAGCACUUCAAAGCUGGUGAAAACGGGGAAGAGAGAUCACACUCCGGCGGUGUUGGUUUAGGUUUUCUCCGACACAGAAAGGCCCCGAAGGAGAUGAUCAAGAUGGAGAAGAGAGUCAGUGAGCAGUUGCAUGUAGAGGCCGUUGAUGUGCUGGGAUGA